ACGCGGUCCUAGCGCUGCGGUGCUGGCGCUGCAGGACGCUGAGCUCGCGCACAGUCCGGUCAUACUAUUACGCGAUGAGGGGAAAUUGCGUAACGCUGCUGGCCGGAGACCAGAUUUCUCAGAUGUGGAAGGCAGCCGCUGGUCAGUCCGUCUCUGUGUCGGUGGAUGAUGGAGGAGAUGAUUGGGAAACUGACCCGGACUUUGAGAAUGAUGUCUCAGAGAAGGAGCAGCGUUGGGGAGCCAAGACUGUGGCCGGCUCCGGUCAUCAGGAACACAUCAAUAUUCAUAAGCUGCGUGAGAGGGUGUCGUCUGAACACAGCGAGCUGAAGCAGAAGGAGCUGGAGCACAUGCCGCAAGCGUCUCACGGUUACGGAGGAAAGUUUGGGUUGCAGCAGGACCGCAUGGAUAAGUCUGCCGUGGGACACGAGUAUCAGAGCAAGCUGUCCAAACAUUGCUCCCAGACGGACACCUCCAAGGGCUUCGGAGGUAAAUUCGGCGUGGAAGCUGACCGUGUUGACCAGUCUGCCGUGGGCUUUGAGUAUGCCGGAAAAACCGAAAAACACGCCUCGCAGAAAGACUACACCACCGGGUUCGGGGGCCGCUACGGCGUGCAGGCGGACCGCGUGGACCGGAGUGCUGUUGGCUUUGAUUAUCAGGGGAAGACGGAGAAGCACGAGUCACAGAAAGAUUACGCCAAAGGCUUUGGUGGCAAAUUUGGAGUGGAGACGGAUAAAGUGGACAAGAGCGCCGUGGGCUUCGAGUACCAGGGAAAGACUGAGAAACACGAGUCUCAGAAAGACUAUGUCAAGGGCUUCGGAGGGAAGUUUGGUGUUCAGACGGACCGUCAGGAUAAGUCUGCGGUGGGAUGGGACCAUCAGGAGAAACUGCAGCUGCACGAGUCACAGAAAGAUUAUGCCAAAGGAUUCGGAGGGAAGUAUGGUGUGCAGAAAGACCGAAUGGACAAGGUGGAGCCCGUCACUGAGGCGGUGGAGAACGGUGCAAACGUGUACGAGGUGGAGCCGGUCUCUGCAGAACCCACAUAUGAAGAACCGGUCCAGGAAGACCUGUACCAGAACCCUGAGCCGGACGAGCAGUACCAGACCUCAGAUUUCACCUCUGUGUUUGUCAGAUCUGAUGAGGAUGAGGAUGAUGAUGGUCUGUGUGGUGUUGGUCAGGUGGAGCCCGUCACUGAGGCGGUGGAGAACGGUGCAAACGUGUACGAGGUGGAGCCGGUCUCUGCAGAACCCACAUAUGAAGAACCGGUCCAGGAAGACCUGUACCAGAACCCUGAGCCGGACGAGCAGUACCAGACCUCAGAUUUCACCUCUGUGUUUGUCAGAUCUGAUGAGGAUGAUGAUGGUCUGUGUGGUGUUGGUCAGGUGGAGCCCGUCACUGAGGCGGUGGAGAACGGUGCAAACGUGUACGAGGUGGAGCCGGUCUCUGCAGAACCCACAUAUGAAGAACCGGUCCAGGAAGACCUGUACCAGAACCCUGAGCCGGACGAGCAGUACCAGACCUCAGAUUUCACCUCUGUGUUUGUCAGAUCUGAUGAGGAUGAUGAUGGUCUGUGUGGUGUUGGUCAGGUGGAGCCCGUCACUGAGGCGGUGGAGAACGGUGCAAACGUGUACGAGGUGGAGCCGGUCUCUGCAGAACCCACAUAUGAAGAACCGGUCCAGGAAGACCUGUACCAGAACCCUGAGCCGGACGAGCAGUACCAGACCUCAGAUUUCACCUCUGUGUUUGUCAGAUCUGAUGAGGAUGAGGAUGAGGAUGAUGAUGGUCUGUGUGGUGUUGGUCAGGUGGAGCCCGUCACUGAGGCGGUGGAGAACGGUGCAAACGUGUACGAGGUGGAGCCGGUCUCUGCAGAACCCACAUAUGAAGAACCGGUCCAGGAAGACCUGUACCAGAACCCUGAGCCGGACGAGCAGUACCAGACCUCAGAUCAUGAUGUGCUUCUGAUGCUGUCGCAGGAUGAGGAUGAGGAUGAUGAUGGUCUGUGUGGUGUUGGUCAGGUGGAGCCCGUCACUGAGGCGGUGGAGAACGGUGCAAACGUGUACGAGGUGGAGCCGGUCUCUGCAGAACCCACAUAUGAAGAACCGGUCCAGGAAGACCUGUACCAGAACCCUGAGCCGGACGAGCAGUACCAGACCUCAGGCGCUCAGUCGUACGAGAUUGGAGAGGAUCUUGGUGUGACUGCCGUGGCUCUGUACGACUAUCAGGCUGCGGGUGAAGACGAGAUCUCCUUCGAUCCGGAUGACAUUAUAACCAACAUCGAGAUGAUCGACGAGGGCUGGUGGAGGGGCGUGUGUCGGGGCGCAUACGGACUCUUCCCGGCCAAUUAUGUAGAAGUUCGACAAUAGACUCGCUCCAUGCGCUCUUUCCACGGCGGACGUCAUGCUUCCAGUCAUUAUCAGCCCUGCUUUCUCUUCUUUCACUGCAGCAUGUUGAGCGUCCGCCGCUCAUUCUGCUCCCUCAGCUCAACUCUCUUUCCCGUUUCACAUCAGUAGGUGCGUGCGCUUUACUGGAUCCAACUGCCAUUAGAGAUUUUAUCACACUUCUGAGAGAGUUUAUUCACACACACACACAUAUACAUCAGUGUGUGAAAUAAGAGACCAAAGAUCUGAGAUCUUCUGGCAUGUUUUAGAGAAAUAAUGUCAUUUGUUGUGCAAACGGGCAGCUUCUUUGACUCUGCGUCCGUAUGAACACUUUUAGUUCAUUUCAGUGUUUUUUCUUGCAGUGUUGGAAUAGAGAGCAACUGAGUUGAGUAGCUUGAAAAUAUGAAUGAUCUUAAUCAAUGAAGGCCAAAAUAUAAUGCCGUAAUACAUCACUGCUAGAAUUCUGCAUCACGUCUGAGAACAGGAUGAACAGACAUUCCAUCGCAGUGUUUGAAACCAUUUAUAAAAAUCACUUUGGUAUUUGAAGGGUUGUGUAUUAAAAUCAGAUGUUAAUGUCUCAUGUGGCGUGAACUGUAUGUCUGUCUGAUUUGCAUCGUCUCUCGUGCUUCUCUGUGUCUGUAAAUUCUAGAAAGGCUCUCGAUGUGCUGGCAGAUUGAUGUCGAUCUUUCUGUGAGUGCAUGACAUUUCUGUUUGUGAUGCUGAAUUAUAUCGAAUCAUAUCUGGUGUCAAAUGACAAUCCACACAGGUGCGGUGGAGUUAAUUCUGUUUAAUGGCUUAGCAGCAACUAAUGACAUAAUCUGUGUUCUGCAAUUUAGUUAAGUAACUUUUUCGAGCAAAUUAUCUGUUCUUAUCUAUACUGGCUCUCUUUUAUAAGAAAUAUCAUUUAAGAAUAAAAAAAUAAAACUAGUAUCUGUUAGUGUUGUUCACAGUCCGUUAUGCA